GCUUGGCGGUCCGAGGUGAUUGGCGCGCUCUCUCCCCCUCUGGGUCCCGCGCUUGAAAUCCUGGCGUCGGUCGUGUGCGAUCGGUUCUGCUGGUGCGCCGCCGGGCACGGUGGCAUUGGUUGCGGCGGUGGCAACUUCCUCAUUCUGCCCUACGUGCCCCAGGUAAGCGGUCGCCAUGUUCGUUAAUGUGAACGGCUGUGCCGUGCCCCUCGGACUGUCCACGACGCACGCCGCCGCCGCCGCUGCGCUCCGGGGCUGCGGCGUCGGAACCUGCGGACUCGCCGCCGCGCCUCCAGCCCCGGACAUUGUGCCCCUGCUCCAGGAGAUGAAGGUAAACUGGGCAACAUCUCCCGGCAACACACCGAAAUUGGACACUAGCAAACACUAUCAUAUUUUCGUUGGAGAUCUGAGUCCUGAAAUAGAAACAACUCAACUUAGGGAUGCCUUCGCGCCCUUUGGAGAAAUAUCAGAUUGCAGAGUGGUCCGCGACCCACAAACGCUCAAGUCGAAAGGCUACGGCUUCGUGUCCUUUGUCAAGAAAGCGGACGCUGAAAAUGCAAUAUCCACUAUGAAUGGCCAAUGGCUUGGCAGCAGAGCCAUCAGGACUAAUUGGGCUACGCGCAAACCACCGGCUAACCGGACUCAGAACGAAGUUGAUGUUUCUGCAAACACGAAGCCGCUGACAUUUGAUGACGUCUACAAUCAGUCAAGCCCUACCAACUGCACAGUGUACUGUGGUGGCAUCACUCAAGGUUUGACAGGUAAUGCUAAUUUGCUCGGCGUUCUGCUGUUUACAAUUGCGCUACAUUGCCCAUUGUCUUUUCCAGAGGAAUUAAUGCAGAAGACCUUUAAUUCAUUCGGUGCCAUCCAAGAAAUACGAGUUUUCAAAGACAAGGGAUAUGCAUUUGUAAGAUUUGCAACCAAAGAAGCUGCAACACAUGCAAUAGUGGCAACCCACAAUUCUGACAUAAAUGGACAGACUGUGAAAUGCUCCUGGGGAAAGGAGGCAGGGGACCCUAACAACCAGCAGCAGCCCCAAGUAAGUUCGGACAAGAACUUGGCUGCCCAGUACUCGUACCCCUACCAGCAGAUGGGCUAUUGGUAUCCGCAAGCAGGCUACCCUCAAGUACAGGGACAGUUCAUGCAGGGAGUUCAGUACCCUUACGGACAAUACUAUGGACAAGGAUUUGGUUCCAGGAGCGUGGGCAUGCAGAUGGCGUGGCAGGGCAUUCCAGGCCAGCCCCAGAUGGCUGCUGCCGCUGCUGCCCAAACCCCAAUGGGGCAAGGCUUGCAGCAGCCAGGCAUGAUUGGUGCCUACCCUAUGCAACAGUACCAAGCUCAGUAAGCGGGAAGGAAAGGAUGACAGCAGGCGACGGUCAUUAUCUAUAUACAUUUUGCAAGUAUAUGUUCCAAGGGAUGAUACAAGACUGCUGAACUGUACCCUUUGGGGGUAACCGUAUUGUGACCUCUUGUUUGCUUCCCACACUUUCUUUCUCUUGCCAGCUUGGUUUCUCAGAUUUGUCUCCUUGAUAGCCUCGGAAUUGUUGGUAGAAAAAGGUUCAGCCAAUCUCUCACUUAAGCAACCCUGUUCCUCUCACAGCUAUCACCUUGUGGUGACUUCCAUCGAGUGUUUGUUGCAAUGAACAGCGGUUGGCCCGUGUAAUGCCACUGGGCGAGCUGUCAGGACUUUCACAGAAUCACCAUUGAAAAAAAAAAAAAAAAGAUAUUUGAGCUGGUUAGUGGUCAACUGUACACAUAUUCUCCCAUUUUUCCUGUAGUUGCUUAGCAAUGGUCAGUGUGUAACUGGUAGAAAGAGAUAUAUGCUCAAGUGGAGCCACACUGACAGAAGCUGUACUGGAGCAAUGUUGGAUGAAUGUUUUGUUUAAUACUUCUUGGGUUCCAAUGCUGUCCUGUUAUGUAUGUGUCAGGUGUGUUCUGUUUUGUGUCCAAACUGGAGAAGAAAGAAGUAUGUUCACUGUAGAGAGGCAGGGUGACAGUUGCUCUUGAAUGUGGUGCUCAAGGCAGAAGUAAAUGUUGGUACUUCUACAUCAGCCAGGCAAAUACAUAAAUUAUUGUUAGCUUGUUUAUCAUUGAAUUGCUCAGGUUAAGAUGCUAGGAUGAGGUCAUGAGCGCAUUAUACCUCCAAGACAUCGAAACCCCUCUUGCAAAGCGCACCUUUUCUUCUUCAUUUUGCAAGCAAGCUGAACCCCUGGACAGUGCCACAUACUUUUGGUGGAAGUAUGACAGAGCAUUUGUUGUCAUUGUAGGAAGGUGUAUGUGCUCGAAGAUGUACCAAUGAAGGAAGACAAACAUUAUCUAAAUUAAUAUUGGUGCCACCUCCAAGGGUUGUCAAACUUUCUUUGCAUUUGUGGAUUACACUCUCUUAAGAGCCAAGUGAAAAGAGUAGGUGUGCAUAAGUCAUUUGCAUGCCCACACUUUUUCACUUUUUCUGAAGCAUCAUCCUCCAUCUUCUCCAACAUGGACCCUAACCAGCUGUUUUAUGUUGCAUAUGGAAAUUGUAAAGACGCUCUGAAAGAUGGGCUUUAUGUUGUCUGUAGAUGCUUGGCAAUUUGACAGUCAUUGCUACUUCAUGUCAUGACACACUUUGAAAUUGUUAAAUUUUGUUUAAAUUUUUACAUCAUUGCGCAUGUUGCAAUACUGUUGGCAUAAAUUAUUGUAUACACCCCAAAACAACUUAGCAUCGUGCAUGUGCAGUGUUUCAUGGCUGUUUUCUUACUACCAGUUAAAUUGGAAUACAAUAAUCAAGCCCAUCUUACAACAUAGCAGUCAUUAAGAUAUUUAGUUCUUUUCCUAACAAACUUGACUGUGGAUCCCUAAUGGUGCCAUGGGGUGCCCCUAAAUGAGGAUGAAAGGACAAAGAUUGUGCAUUUUGCUGCUAGACUGUUAAGUGUUGUUUUGCAGUUUAUUAAAGACGUGGCUGCGAGGAAUCCCUUCUUGCUGCUGAAUUGAUGAAUUGAGCACGUGAAAACAGUGUGAGUGUUUGGUUUCCAGAUCCGGAAAUAAGUUGAUGUGGAAUAAAAGCCCUGCAAACCAGCUGUACUGUAAUUUCUGUUGGGUGACACAUUUCCCCGCAAUAGUUUUCAUUGUUUGCAGUGUUGUGGUGGUGGACCACUGGGUUUGAUGCUGUAUUCCCAUCCUAACAUAACACUUCACUCAAGGUAGGCUGUGGCUUAGAGAUCUUUAGAUGUAGUAGUAUGCUGUCAGCUCUAUGGAGAUGAGUAAAACAUAGGCUUGAGUAAGCCAUACUGUAGCUUGGUUAGCUGAUGCAUAACAGAUCAUUAAUCAUUUUGUAUGAAAGUGAUUCUAGUUGUCAUGUGCAGCAUUUUCAAUGAAAUUGUUGCAAGUGCUCUGCUCUCUCUUGCCUGUAGUCAAAUCAGAAUCAACCAUGGAUAUCUAGCUAUUAGAGAAAGCAGUUUGUGUGUGUUUGGGGGGAUGAAUGGUGUGUUACACCAAAAGUCGACAUAAAUGGCACCCACAAAUCACAUGCUCUUAGCUGUAUAUUUAAAUACCUAUAUAUACACACAGACAUACAGAGAACUGCUGUUUCAUUUUGAUGGUCGUCUAUUUUUCAUACGCGACUUGUAUACACGUUGGGUGCUUUGUUUUAGUAACAUUUUACCAAACGGACUGAAGAACGUGUAAAUACAAUGCAGUAUAAUUUCCAGCUGACACCCCUGUGAAACGCAGUGUGAAAGAAGUUUUUACUGUUGACUAAACCAGUAAACAAAAUGCAAUCCCCGAGGGACGGCAAACUUUUUUUCCCAAGUGUUUGGUGGAACAAAAACUUGAGAGGAGGGCACUUUUCUACCUUGGGAAGUUUUUGCUACAACUGUUUUGGUCAAGACCAAACAAGCUGUGUGUUGGACUGGUGGAGUAGUGCUGCCACCACAAAGUGUUUGGAAUUCAGUUGUUUGUAUGUGUAAACCUGUCAUAACGUGCUUAGACAGACUGUUGGUGCGCCUUAGGAUAUUGUUGAGUAUAUAUUCAUGUAUAUAUAUAACAGAAAAACAUGGCAGCGGAAGACGAACCCUGGUCCCAAACCCCAUCCACCUUAUGUAUACAUAUAACCAAGUCCGUAGUCACACAAGUUAUAGUCUGCUUGUAACAAAUGCUGAACUUUUCCUAGUGAGUAGUGUCAUUGAACGGGCUAUUCAAGGAGCAUAGCUGCAGAGCCUAUCAAGAAAUAACCUGCGAUCUGGGGUGAGAAAACAGGUGUGUUGAUGUUCAAUGCCAAAAUCCUUCAUGUGUCCCCCAGCUCGAAUAAAUCCCUGGCUGUUUGAUGAUUUGGA